CCUGCUCGUUUCAGUUCGUCGCCCCUAGAGCCCCACUUCAGACAGAUCUGUCGUAUCUUAUCAGGUAUGCCAAGUUCAUAACGUCGAUAGCCGGCGAGUGCGGCCCAGGCGCGGAUCACAGCGACGAUUUCUGCGCAGCGCCUCACAGUGAUGUCUGAGAGCGUGCGCAGGGACCCGUGGGUCACGGAAGCCUGCGAAUAGGGCUAGAGUGGCAGGCGGCACGGGCGCCCAGUGAACCUGAGCCCCGGAGAAAAGCGGGGAGGAGUAGGACGGUGUCAGAUCUGGAGAGGGACAACCGAGGACAUCUGCGAAGCUGCGUGAAAUUGUGCGCGUGUGGUUCGGUGCAAAGAAAACUGAGAAGAUCCUUCUACACUGAAGCGCCGCUACUGAUCCAACCCACUAAUUGCCAUCAAACUCUUCUGCAGCCGUGUGCGAAACAAAAUGAUCUGAGCAGAAACUUCCAGUUUCUCUGGGAAGUCGGUUUCCAUCUACAGGUGAAACAACAGGCGAACUAAUCAGCCAGCCAACAAACACACCCAACCAAAAGGAGCACCAAAUCAAGCUGACCAACUAACCCAUUAAAAACGCUCAAACAACCACUAAACAACACUUGCAUUCAUCAGUUUCUGACGGCCAUCAGCAUGUGGACGCUACUCCUGGUCGCCAUGGCAACGACGACGGCUGUGCUUGUCUUCACGCGGUCCAGUCCUCCAAGUCGCAUGUUCUCAGUCUACUCCCAGCCGGGCCUUACGUAUCCAGUCAAGGUAGCCAUCUUCUGGUUGUUGCUGCAUCCUUCGGCGUCUUUCUGCCCUCCUCCGCUCCGGGCGACAGCGCGGCCGGGCGGCGGUUGCGGGGUACGGGGUGCGGCUGCACGCCUCCGCCGCGGCCAUGGAGCAGGUGCAGCCGCUGGGGCCGCACCCGCUAGCGCUGGACUCCGUCUGGGUGCAGGGUGCGAGCGCGGAGGGUGCGUGGCUGGUGGCUGGCGUCGCCCGGCGCCCCAGGCGCCAGCUCGACGCUGUGUGCCUGGUGGGGGUGCCCGGACUAGGCACGCUGAAGCUGCCCCGCCACCCCGACACCCUGCUCGUCGCCUCCAAUGACGUCUUCGGCGGCGAGGGCCUCCUCAUCCGCCUCGUCGAGCCGAUGGUCUGCUGGAAGAUCAACUACGCCGGUCCCAUGCGCCUCGACGAAACAGGAGAGCUGGUGGACGUCGUCCUUGACCUGACCUUCACCUCGACCCUGCCCUGCUUCGACUUUGACACGGACAUGGCGCCGCGAACGGUGGCGCGCGCCAUGGCGCGCGAGCCUUGGAGCCGUGAGUUCUUCGCGCGUCUGCGCGACGCCCACCAGACUCACUACGAGCAGAUCGGCACGACCAGAGGCCGCGUGACGGUGCGUGGGCGUGAGUACGCGCUAAGCGUGACCGGCAUGCGUGACCACAGCUUCGCGGCGCGGCGUGACUGGCGCCUGCUGCAUCGCUACGCCCUGCACACCAUCGUCACGGAGGACGACGUGCGCGCGCAGGUCGGCGUCGUCUCGCAGCCCUACUCCUUCUCCAGGAUCGAGCUGGGGUACGUGCACACGCCCGAGGGCACGCUCGAGGCGCUGGAGUGGUGCGACCUUGAGCUUGGCUACCACGGCGAGCAGGGCGACGACCCCUGGGACUACGGCUUCAGCUUCGGCGCGGCCAGCAGGACGUAUCACGUGCUGGUCGAGGUGCGGGAGCGGCAGGAGCUCUUCUGCGGCCGAGAGUGGGAGGCACGGCUGCUGGAGAGACCGUGUCGGUACCAGGUCAACGGGGUCACCGGCUGGGGGAUGUCCGAGUGGUACUAUCGGCAUGAGGCCGGCCGGCCGGCAGCGUACCCCUGCGAAGAACCCGCACUGGGUCAGGGACACGAACAGUGAUUCAGGACGGUGCCAGUGAUGAGAUGUUGAUCGCAAUGCCCGCUUUGUAGAUUGUGCUGCUAAUUCGGUGGUUCACCGUCGGUGGAUGUUUCGUUGGAUGGUUGGGUGUUAUUUUGGUGGCAUAAGUCUUAUCACGUUAAGGUUAGCAAACUGCUAAGUAGUGCCCCAGUAAGUGAACCCGGUGGUAAAUGAAAAUACUUCGGGUGUUAGAUCUGCGGUGCCUGCAGUAUGUGGCAAGAAGAGGAUGUCAUGUCAGAAACCACGUGGUCCAAAUGACACUCUCGUGGCGCAUAAUAUACCGUA